CUGUCUAACGAACAGAUAAGUGUAAGGACAGCCAUGUUGGGUUGUGUCGGUGAAAAGAGUGUAAAUUCCUAGACAUUUUCGUAAUAAAUAGUGUUUGUGUUGUGUCAAUCUGUUCAGUGUUUAACUUAUUUUGGAUUAUGACCGCUUUAACGGAAAAUCUCAAUUGGGGCACCGAGCUCUGGGACCAGUAUGAUAAUCUGUCUCUUCACACACUAAAAGGAAUUGAUUUUUUGGAAAAAUACGGUCAAUUCGUAAGGGAUCGAGCUACUAUAGAAUGCGAAUAUGCUUCAAAAUUGAGGAGACUAGUCAAAAGUUAUCAACCUAAGAAAAAAGAUGAGGACGAUUAUCAAUUUACCUCUUGUAAAGCCUUCAAAGCGCUGAUGAACGAGGUUAGCGAUUUGGCGGGUCAACACGAAUUAGUAGCGGAGGAUCUUCAAGCCAAUGUGAUAAAAGAAUUAACGGCAUUAGUCAAAGAUUUGAAAGAAGAAAGAAAAAAACAACUACAAGAAGGUCUUAGGCUAUCCCAAACACUCCAAGCUCAAAUUGAAGCCCUACAGAGGGCGAAAAAAGCCUACGAUAAGGCUUAUAAGGAAUCGGAAAAGGCCAUAGAAUGUUUUCAAAAAGCCGACGCUGAUUUAAAUCUAUCGAGAGCAGAAGUAGAAAAACAAAGAUCGAAUAUGUCACAUAAAACACAAGUAUGUGAUUCGGCGAAAAACGAAUACGCACAGCAGUUACAGAGGACCAAUGAACUCCAACGACAGCAUUUUAGAUCUGGAUUACCAGAAGUUUUUAGGCAACUUCAAGAACUAGACGAAAAAAGGAUAAAGAAUAUUAAAAAUUUCAUUCUAGCAUCUGUUGAUAUCGAAAGAAACGUAUUCCCUAUUAUAAAUAAGUGUUUAGAUGGAAUUUUAAAGGCUGCGGAAAUUAUUAAUGAGAAAGAAGACACAUUGUUAGUAAUAGAAAAAUUUAAAUCUGGAUUUCAACCUCCAGAAGAUUUUCCAUUUGAAGAUUUAUCAAAAGGUGGUAGUGAUUCAGGUAGUGCUACUAAUAUUAACAAUAUUCACGUUAGUGGGAAAGUGAAAGAGGGAAGUUAUACAGUGAAAGGGACCAUUACUACGAAAGCCAUGAAGAAAAGGACAGGGAUAUUCCAUAUAUUCGGCAGCAGAGGGAAUGCUGCAAUUUCUGACGGAAAGGAGGAUUUAAGUGAACUGCCUCCCAACCAGAGGCGAAAAAAGCUUCUGCUUAAAGUGGAGGAACUCAAAAAUAAGGUUGCUCAAGAGACGGCAGCGAGGGAUGGUCUAAUGAAAAUGAAAGGCGUGUAUGAAGCUAAUCCUGCUCUAGGAGAUCCUCGAACUAUAGAAAGCCAGUUAAAUGAAUGCAGCCACCGAUUAGACAAACUUCAGCAAGAUCUUGCGAAGUACCAGUCCUACCUGGAAGACGCUGUUCGAGGAAUCCAAAGUGGUCAGAAUAACUCCUUAACCAACUCUCCACGAUUAUUGAAUGGUACGAGACGCCGCCAUUCUGGUGGAAGUGCUGCUGAGGAAGAAUCGCUGAGUAGAUCAGCUAGUGAUAGUAGUGUAAACCAUAAUAAUCAUAAUAACCACAAUAAUCAUAACCAUAACAAACCAAGUGCACCUGGAACGCCGCAAAUGAAUAAUCAUGGUUGUUCCAAUAGUCCCGAAAGUGGCCUGGGUACUUCCCACACGUCAUUGCCUGGAGCAGAUUCCGAUCCUGACCAGUACGAUGGACAUGGGGUAGAAAGCGAGUAUUACGAGGCAGAUAUGCAGCCAUCAAUAGGCACUUGCAAGGCGUUGUACCCGUUUGAAGCUACAAGUGAAGGGAGCAUUCCAAUGGCUCAAGACGAGGAGCUCCAUCUUAUAGAACUAGACCAAGGGGAUGGAUGGACUAGAGUGAGAAGGAUUUUAGGUGAUAUGGAAGAAGGUUUUGUGCCAACCUCGUAUAUCGAGUAUUCAUUGUAUAAUACUUAAAAAAAAGCAUUGACUUAAAAGUGUCGAGAGCAUCAAUUUUUUCAAAUGAGUAUAUUUUUGUAAAUUAUUUAUGCAAUAUUUAAAUGAAAAUAGAGUUGCCCGGGUUUCCACGAGAAUUUUAGUAUAAAAACAGAAAAUAUAAUUUUUUUCGUUUUAAGAAAAGACUUGCUAGUUUUCAAUUAUUUUGUUCGAUAUUGUGAUAAAAGUUCACAUUAUAACAUUGUUGGUAGGUAUAAAAAUGUCAAUUUAAUUGGUAAUAGAUAUAAAAUUGCACUAACACUAAGAGUUUGAUUAGUGGUUUAAAAAAUAAAUGCUUAUUUUUUUUAUUUGUAAAUUACCAGUAAUGUAACAAAAAUUGGUUGACAGUUGAUAAUUUAUCUAUUUAAAUAAGUGAAUUUAUUUAAUAUUGAACCAAAAUUGUUUAUUUAUUUGUAAAAAACCAUUAAUUAGAAUUUUUGUUUCGUUUUUAAACUAAAAUCUCUGAAACCCAUAUUCGUUGCAAUAUUUUUUUCUGUUUUAAUGUACAUUUAUAUAUUUUUAUAACUUAGUAGGUAAUUAAAAAAUAUAUUUACUUUUAUUUUUUACUAAAUAUCUAUGUUAAUGCAUUUUUAAUUUUCGAACAAAAUGAAACCUAGAACAAAGUAUUUCUUAGUCAUAUUCUUAUAAUGUGUUGCUUAAUGCGGUAAAAAGUCUUAUAAGGGGUGAACUCAAAAAGUAGAUCUGGCAUUAUUUCAUACUAUUGAAUCAUUAAAACUGCAGAGUUGUUGAAAACUCACUUUACCCUAAAUGAGACUGGUAGGAAUAGCCGAAACUAUAAUACAUAUAUUACAACAUUCAUUAACUAAAGAUCCAUGGCUUCAUUCACGUUGUAUUAAAAAAAUUGUAUUUGACGAAAAUCCAAAUAUUUUAAUGUAUUGGUUUUUCUAAAAAUAAUAGUAUUUAGCAAAUGGUCUUUGUAUAUGUAAAUUUCCAAAAGGAGUCUCGCCUAUUUGCCUCUAGUCCUAUUUAUCGCUGUCAUCAUUUUCAUUACAUGGUAUAGACAUAAAUGCCUGUUCCAGCGACAAAGUGACAAUUUUUCCGAAAAUAACGACAGAUCACGUAAAUCGUCAACUUUCAGCUUAGAUUUCAAACCUUUAAGUCUUACUUUGGAUUAUGAUCGUAGUUAGUAUUGAUCAUCAACUAUUUCCUGUGAUAUAAAAAGUUAAGGUUUUGCUUUUUUUAUUAUUAGAUGAAAGUUCUUUGCAUUUUGUAUAGUAGGUGAUUUUCCAUGCCACUUUUUAUAAAUCAGGACCUAAAAUCAAGCCAGAUUUACAACAAUAGUUCUUUUUUUGCAGGGUUUCAGCUAACAAUCUCCACUUGCAGGUUUUCAAAUGUCAACCAUCACACUCUACCCAUAUCCACAUUGCAUGCCUCAACCUCAAUAAUUUCCAUUAACUUUUGUUCACAAACCAAUGGCCCAUUUUACCAUAACAAUUAUCUAAAAAUCUGAAAAUGUAAUUAAAAGCAAUGUACUGUAAAUUUUUUUCAAGGACGCACAUUAUACUACUAAUUAGGAACAAUGAAAAUAGCCCUCAAAGUUACAAUGUUACAUUCAUAAUACUUAAACAAAUUAAGCCAUAGUAAAAAAGAUUAAUCGAUUUAAAAGUAAUAUCUGAUCUAUUUCUUUUUUAUAUAAAAUCAUUAAAACAUUUUUUGUUGAACUUUUUUUCUGUAUGCAGUUGAUGCAAAUAUUUUCUUUGAUUUCAUUUGGUGUUUGCUUUACUUCUUCCUUCUUUUUCUGUCCUAGCUAACUUCCUUUUAUUCUUUAGUGCUGAUAAAUGUUGUAAAAUAUAAAUUUCCAAAUAAAUUCGUUUAUUACUUGAUUUCCUUAAACUCUGUAGUUCCAAAUCAUUACAAAACUUCAAAUAUUAAAAAAAGUACCUAACAAGUUUCAAUAAUCAUUUAUAAAUAAUAUAAUAAAUUCGCCUGGGGCCCUUGAAUACAUAUUCGAACCAUAUAUUAUCAUUACUUAGCUCUUAUUAAAGCUUUUAAACAAAAUCACAAUUUUUUAAAUAAAUACCGUUUACUUCCUCUCAUUAGAUAAAUUUCUCAAAUUAUGGAAAAUUAAUUAAAAAGAAUGUAAAUAUAUUCUUGCAACUAUUCAAAACUAUUUGCCCCUUGCGCUUAUAUAUUGCAUUUUUCACUGGACCUUACAAAAACUUCUAUGGUCGUAUAUCUUAUUUUAUUGCAUAAGCAUUUUUUUGUAUCUUUACUAACCAUUUUCCAUCCUUAGUCUACUUAUCAUCCUAAAUAAUUGCGAUUCUAGUUAUAGUCCUAGAGUCAACGUGCAGGUUUGUGACUUAUUUUCUUAUAGCUGAAUUUAUUAUUAAAUUGUUCUAUAAGUGUCCAACAAAUUCAUGAAAGCUCGAUGUUCAGACUGGGGCACUUAGGUAGCUAUAAGCUUUACAAGUGGUACGUGUCUCUCAAAAACCUGACUUAAUUUCUUUACAAUUUCGUUAUGCUCAUUCGACGAUAAGUGCCCACCUACAAGAAAUAUUAAACUCUCCACCAAUUUAGAUGGGCUAUUUUUUCUCCAACGUUUUAAAGUAGUGCGUGAGAAGGCUUGCGCGCGACUUAUUUUCUUAUGGCUGGUUUUUGGUUUAUUUUCAAGUUUUUGUUGUUUUUCACAAAAUCCAUUUCAUUCACCAUUUUCGCUGCUCGUUCGACGAUAAGUGUUCACCUACAAGAAAUAUUAUAAGAGGGCAUGCACGUGACUUAUUUUCGGUUUAUUAUCAAGUUUUUGUUAUGUGUUUCAUAAAAUUAACCUCCUCCACUAAUUUCGCUCGGCUAUUUUUUCACUCCAACGUUUUAAAGUAGUGCCUGAGUGGGCAUGCACCUCACUUAUUUUCUUAAGGCUGAUUUUUUGGUUUAUAUUCAAGUUUUUGUUAUGUUUCACAAAAUUUACCUCCACCAAUUUCGCGGGGCCUUUUUUUCUCUCCAACGUUUUAUUGUUUUAAUGUGAAUCGUAACGCGUGACUUAUUUUCCAAACUGGAUGCUUUUACCAAAGUGAGAUAAACAUUAUAGCUUUUCACUGAAUUAGUGUCCAUUAAUAAUAUUGGUCCUAUUUUAGUAUCCUACAAAAAUAAAGAAGUGAAAUAAAUAAAUAAAUAAUGGAUAUAUAUAAACUCAAUAACUUGAUAAAGUAUUUUUGAGAUUUUGAGGUCGCUGAGAACGAAUUCGCUCACAGAAUUUGCUAGCCAUUUGUAAGGUCUAAAUUGUAUUGCUUAAUAUCAUAAAAAACAAUGUUAAUAAUAUAUUUUUAUUGAAUCAUUUCAUAAAAGAGUUAAACCAAUAUUUUAAUACAAGGUGGCCAAAUUUGUCAUUUUGAACCAGCACAUUGAAUAUAUUACAUAAUGAUGAAAAUUUAAAAAUCGGUAAAUAUUAAAAUUCGUUUUCAGCGAUCUUAAAAACUCCUAAUUGAAUAUUUGCAUCCAUUUUGGCAAAAACUUUGUCAAGUUAUUGCGUUUUUAUGUUUAAAACCAUUCAUAUUUUUUUAAAUUCAUUAUUUUCGUUGGACAUUAGAAGCGGCCCAAUAUUUUUAAUGUACACUAAUUCAGUGAAAAGGUAUCUUUUUUUUAUCUUGCUUUAAACGUUGUAGAGAAAAAAUGGCCCAGCGAAAAUGGCGGAGAAAGUGAAUUUUGUGAAAACAACAAAACUUGAAAAUAAACCAAAAAUCAGCCAUAAGAAAAUAAGUUACGCGCAUGCCUUCUCAUGCACUACUUUAAAACGUUGGAGAGAAAAAAUAAUCCAUGAAUUUUGAUAUAGUUUCUGUAUUGUUUUUAUGUAUUCAUCCAAUUGUCCUCUUCGUAUUUUUAUUUCGGCAGGGUUUAUAUUUAAAGCAGGUGUUUAUUCAGGAACUUAAUAAAUAAAUUAGACUGAUCAUUCAAAUGAAAUAAUUGACACCAUUAUAUUCGGCAAGUUUAUGAACCCCUUUACAUUUAAGGAAACACUCAAGCUUGAAAUUAAAAUAAUUAGUAGACUUUAAAAUAUGUUAGUGUUUUUUCAGCCAUCCUGUAAAAUUAAUUUUAUUCAGUACUAUCCACAUUAUUUUUGUAAAAAUGUUAUAAAAUAUUUACCUUUUACUUAUCAGUCACAUAUUUUAUCAAAAAAGACUUAUUACUACUAUUGCUUUUUCUACAUUUUGACCUUACCCUAUAUGUUAUUAAUGAGCAAAUGCGGCUUAGCACAAUUAUUUAGCUGUUGUUUAGUGUUGCAAGUUAUACAGUGGACCUUAAAAAUUUAAAAUGUUUUCUGAAUUUCCUUGUUUAUCAGUUUUUACAAUUCAACAUUUUAAAUCUAUUAAUAAUCAUGGAGGAUUUUAAGAUUAUAUUUUAAAUUUUAAUGGGCCCCAUACACAUUAUAUAGCAGUUACUUUGUAUAUAGAAUGCAUAUAUUAUACUAUUAUUAAUUAUUAUUGAGCUGUAAUGUAAAGUAUAUAUAUAUAAAUAUAAAUGUAUAGUAAUUGUGUUUGCUAAAAAAAAUCAAACAAAAAUAUUUGAUACACAAUUUUUAAUGAAUUUGUGUUUAUUGCACCCUUAGGUCACCCGAAUAAGUAAAAUGAUUUCUUUGAAAGAUUUAAUUUAUUUUUUAUUUUACAAAGUGUAACUGUUUUGAUUUUUACUUAAAACUUUGUUUUUUUCUUCGAUAUUUGAAUUUGUUAUGUAGGGUGUUCUAGUGGAAAUUGUAUUACUUUUUCAACGUUGUCAGAUAAGCUUAUAAAAGUGAGUUUUGACUGCACCCAAAGAGGCCACAAUACUUAAAAAAAUGAUUUUGUGUAUGAUUCCACUUUCUGGAAUUUUAUAGUUUCUUUAAGUUUAAAUCUAAAAGAAUAAAGCAAAUUUGGAAGUUCAGUUUUUACAUUCAGUUUGAGCCUUGUCAUAUUGAUAUACAGAACCGUUUUUCAAAUAUUUAGUAACCAUCUGAUAUCCUGGAUUUUCGUUAUUUGGUUUCAUCAUUAGUUGAAUAUUACUUAAUCAAAGGACUAAACAACGCAUCGGAAUUUUUAAUCCUAUUUACGUAGAAACAAUCAAUAAUGGUAUAUAUUUUUUAUUCAUUCAUCCAUUUAAUUUUAUUAGAAAAUUAGAAGAAAAUUGGGAUAAAAAAACCAUUAUUCAUGAAUAUUCACGCACAAAAGUAUCCUAUAGAAUAACUACAUAAUGUUACAACGCUGCCAAAUAUUAUAUCCAGAAGGCGAAUAUUUUUAAAUAAAUUUUUGUGUUCUUCUCUUACUGCUUAGUUUCAGUGAUUUGUAGUUUUCUCGUCUUCUUUGACUUUUGUGGACGUUUUUACUGAAUUACAAAUCCAUUAUUUAUGUUCAACUCUUACAAAAGAUUCAAAAACAAAAAUAUAAACAAUAUUGUAUGGAUUAAUUUCAGUUUCAAACUGACACAUAUCGCACAUCACCUUCAAAGGUGUAUUCAUUCAAUAUAUUAAAAUUUUACAGGGAACACAAAAGAAAUUUACCGAAUUUUAUUUUUUUAACCUAAAAAGCUCCAGAUAAAUAUUACAAGUGUUGGGUUUGGUAAUUUCGAAAUUUUGGACAAAAGACGAGAAACACUGGUAACUUUUUGAAAAUAAGUGUUCAAAUUUUGUUUUUUUAUUCGAGUUAAUACACUUUUUUGGGGAAAUAAUUUGAAUAUUUUUCGAGCACCUUGGACAAUAAAACUAAUUUUUUAUUGAAAAAUAUUAAGUAAGUGAAACAACGUAUAAACAUAAACCAAGAGUGAAUGAACACAUAAUAUCAAUUGAUCAACAGGUCUGAAUCAGAAUAACUAAAAUUAUAUUCUCUCUUACUUAAAAACUAAAACUUCAAUCUCACUAGUGAAUGAAAUGAGACUAUUUAAAAGAGGAUAACUAAGUAUACUUCACUUUAUUUUACCUGAAAACGAUGAAAAAAAAAAAAAAGAAGGAUAAACUAGCAAACUUUACUGUUUUUAAUUAAAAGUAACAACAAUAGUUUAAAUUUGGCUUAUUGACAUAAAUAAAAACUUAAAAACUUAGGUUCACAUUAACUAGUUUAAUGACAUUUUCUAAAAUAACAACUCAUAAAAAUGUUGAUAAUUGGAUUUUUUUUUUGGCAGAAACUUAAGAUCUUUUUUUGUUUUGUUUUCAUUGGUAGAUAAUUUCGUUUUAUGAGCAUUGUUUAGUAUUGGCUCUUACGUUUGAUUUGUUUAUCGUUAACGGUUUUCCAGUUAUUGCCUCCAUCAUCUGAGUGGAUGUUUUAUAAAAAUACAAAAAUGGUUUGUGUUUUUCCACUUUUAUCAUUUUAAUUUUGCGUAAUAGAACAGACUCUCCAUUACUGUUGGUAGUAAAAUUAGAAUCAAUAUCUGCAGUUAGUUGUUUAACGUCUAUAAAAUCCUUAUGCGUUAACUCGCGGACCAAAUAUGGAGCUUCUUUUUUUUUGGUAACUCUUAUCAGUGUAAUAAACUGAUCAGACACAUAAAAAGUACCAGGCAUUAGUGCUUUAGAUACCAGAAAAAUCAACUUUUUUUUCAGAUUCCAGAAAAAUAAAACUAAUUUUGUAUAACCAUAAAACACAUUUUCAACAAACCUCUUUUUCAAUUAUUAAAUGUGCGGCAUCAGCUUCGUUUUUGGUAUGUCCAACAAUAAAGUAUUGUGAGUAAUUUUCUUAAUUUUUAGUUUUUGAACCGCCUACAAUAAAAUAGCAACCAUGUACCUAAAUUCAUUGAUAGGUUAUUUAACAUACAAUUACUGUAAAAGUAAGUAAGAAGUAGAAUAUUGUAAAAGAAUAAUAUACCCAUACAUUGUUGUGCUCCGCAAUUAUCGCUAUACAUUUACACCUCCUCCUUCGUGCCAAAUAUAAAAAUUAUUAGGCGCAUCAUUGCCCAAUUCUGUAACUGUUAAAUUCAUCAUAUUCAGUUUUUAUUUAUAGUAAAAAAAUUAAAAUAUAUAGCAUAAACAGCAUUGGUCUUUUUUUGGAGCAGAAAAGGUUGAAUUCCUGGAUAAAUAUCACGUUUAUAAUCUCGAUGUAAGUUAGCAAUUUGCCACCAUCAAUAAAUUCCUUGGUUGUUUGUGUUUUAGGGUAAUGACUCUCGACCCUUGGAAUACUAUUUAUAUGAUUUCUAACAUUUUUUAUUUCAUCGAUUAUUCUUAAAUGUUUGUUGUACUUACUACACCCAUCUUCAGAGACUAUUCCACAAUAAUUAGUUUUGUCUUUUAAAUAACUUUUUACCCACCCUUUUUUCUAACCAUCUGACAAAUAAAAGGAGAAUAUAUAUUUUGAUCUUCUCUCCAUUGCUUUCUGAGAUAACGAAAUCUUGGGAUAAAUAUUUUAUGUUUUUAGACAAAAAAUCACGCUUUCUAUUUAUAUUGCUGAUGCUAUAAUAUUCAUUAAAUAUUAGCAACCUUUCUUGAUGAGUAAAUUGUACAGUGCAUUACAAAGCUCUUUAAGUGUCUGCUGAAACAACUUUUUUAGAUUUUGAGCUGGAUAUGUAUCACCAUUAAAUCGUAAUUUUUUUAUUUUAUUUUUUUUGCCAUGCUGUUUCAUCUCGCGGUCUUUUUCUAGUAUUUUCUUCUGAACUUCAAUUUGUUUGUGUUCUUGACCUUCAUGGUCUUUCUUAACUAAGUUAUUUUCACCAACCAGUUCUUGAUCAGAGGAAGAUGAAGACGAAUUGCUGCUAGAACUUGAUAAAGAGCUUGAAGCGUUGACAAGCUAUCAAAAUUUGAGUCCUUAACGCUAUCGUCAUUGUCCUCGCUAAAAUAAGAGUCAAAUGUUAUUCUAUAUUGUACGGAUUGUAUUUUCAUUUAUUGGUAAUUGUUGUUGAUCAUUGUCAUCGUUUGUAGCUGGUUCUAUAGAACUCUCCUUAGGUCUGGAACAAAUUGUAAAAUUUUGAUCAUCAAAUAAUAGUGUAUAUUUAUUGUAAAUUGUUGAUUGCUGUAUGAUUUUUCACCGUGUGUUAAGAUUUGUAGUUUGUUCUGGUUCAGAGCAAGAUGUAUUUUUAUUUAUUGGUAAUCGUUGAUAGUUGUUAUCAUCGCUUGUAGCUGGUUCUGGGGUACUCUUCUUAGCUUUGGUGCAAAUUGUAAAAUUUUGAUCAUUGGCACUGUGCAUGUUAAGAUGUGUACAUUGUUCUGGUUACUCUGGUUCAGAGCAAGGUGUAAAAACAUUCUGAUUUAAAGCAAUCGACACAAUACGCUUACUACUUCUUGAUGACAUCUAAAAAUAUUUAAUUUUGAUAACAAAAAUUUCAAUCAACAAAAAUUAUAUUUUUUAACUUAACAGUUCCAGUUAUUUUUCAAAUAAUUUCCGGGGAAAAGAGUACCAAAUAAAAAUAUUGAUAUGUUCCCAGAGAAAAGAAUAUUAAAUAAAAAUAAUACUACUGAAACUAAAAAUAUCCCAGAAAAACUGUGUUUGAAAUGUGUUUUAAAUUGAAUACCUAGAUUAUAAAAAGUAUUUAAAGCAAAAACGUAUUAACUCAAAAUAAUACCCGUUUCUUAUAAAAUGUUGCUUUGUCUCAUUCCUUCCUUUGAAACAAUACAGUUUUGAAUAAAAAAAACCAAAUAAAUAUCAGUUAGUUUAAGAACGUUUUGAAUUAAUACCUUUUUCUUCGGAACUGCACAUAGGAGCAAACUACAAUGAGACUGUUUUCGUUGGGCGACUCCUGUCUGGUUAUAAAUACGAAUACCUAAAGACGGCCGUGAUACGACAAAGCGAGUAAUGCCAUCUAGUGGAUUUGUCUUAAAAUUAAAAAAAUACCGUUUUUCUAGGGGAAAGAAUACAUGUAUAGGUUUCUAUUUUUGAAAUAAUUACAAAAAUUUAAAAUUUUGAUUUAAUCCACUUUUGAAUGAGAUGUGCGAUAUAUGAAGUUUAUCUCCCUUUGUUUUUUAGGGAAUAUAAUGAUACUGCAAAUAUUUUAAAUGCGCGGGGUACCGCCUAAAUGCAAUUAAGGGGUUAUCUAAUCACCUAUCCAAAUAAAAAAUAGUGGAUUGGAAUUUUCAUUAUAUGUAGCUUAUUUUAAAUUCAGAUCGACAACUACAAAAAUUUUAAAAUAUAUUAUUAGUAAAUUUUAAUCGACACUACUCUUUUUAUUUAGUUACCAUACCACUUCAAGCAUUAAUAGGAAAAUGAAAGUAGACAUUUGGUAACAAAAUUUAAAUUAUCUUGAUUUAUUGGUACAUGCUUAGAGGACAUUAAAUUUUUAACUUAAUAAUUUUUUUGGCCUCCAGUGAUAUCUGAAUGGCAAAAUUUGUCUAAUGUAAUUUGUAACUGGAAAAAAAUCUUAAGGACUAAUAAAAAAUGUGACUGUUAAUAAUCAGUUACUAUAAAAAUGCAGGUUUCUUUUUAAAUCGUUGAAUGUAGUGUGUAUCUAUGUAUUUGUGUAAACCAAUUUUAUGUCAUUUUUUUAUUAUAGAUAUAAACGGGGGGCUUUGUGACACCAAAUACAUUUUUUCUAAUUUAUAUGCUUAUUCGUUUGCUCAUGAUUCCUUGUAAAAAUAUGAUGCCGGCAGUGAUAAAGUGGUCUUAUAAAAAUUAAAAAAGUUUUGUUACCAAUUUGAGUAGGUAUUUAGGAACCUGUUGUGUAUAACUGAUAAUAUUAAGGUAUAUUAAAUAAAAAAUCACUAAUUUGAGGAACUCUUUAUUCGUUCAAGUCUCGACACAAACUGAUAAAAAUAAACCCAAUAAUUAACGUUUAAUAUUAAUAAUACCUAAUUUUUUUCGGUAAUUUAAUAAGAACCACAAAAUGAAAAACCAAGAUAUUACCUUUUCUAAAUAUUAGCGAACGUUCACAUAUUCAAUAGGCAACUUUUAUCCUACUUAACCUAAUAUCUAUAUUAAAAUAUUACAUUAUCUUUAAAUGCUUAGUUUGUUGCUACAAUCUUUUCUCGGUCAUACACUUUUAUCCUAUUAAAAUUAUCUGUUGAAUUUCUUAUAUAAUAAUCGUAUUAAAAUUAACAAUUUAUUUACAUUUUUUAAUCAACUGCAGUUUUAUUAUAAAAUAAACUACCAGUAAAUACAUUUUUCACUUUAUUACAAGGCUUGGGCAUCAUAAAUAAAACAAACACGAAACUGACCAAUUUUUAAUCAAAUUUGUUGUACAUCCCGUUAAGAACUCACUUUUUUAACACAAUGGUGCUGCUUUUCUUUUUAGAUUCUAAAAAAUUGUUUAUGCACCAAUUACGAAUACAGAGUGAGAAAAAUAACCUGGCUAGCAACUACAUUUGUCGACAUUUUAAAUAAAUUUAGAUCUAUGACGUCUUGCUCAGCUUAGUUUGUCGUUUGAAUGAAUAUAUAUUGGUUUUUGAGGACUCCGUAUGUAGUUUCUAUUGAAAAUAGCAAUAACUAAAUGAUAUUAGUGGUUAAGAUAGAUUUUUGCACAAUAUAAAAAUAUGUCGAUCCAUAUACACUUAUGCCAUCAAUUUAUUGUAUUGUCAACAUCAAGCCUUAUAUAUGUCAUAUUUCACGUGCUAAUAUUAGCAAUGAAAUGUCGCUAAUCAUCAUUGAUUAUAAAUAAAAAAAAAAAAAUGACAGUAUGACUGUUAAAAAAUUCUAUUUUUGUAAAAUCCAUUUUUAAAAAAUCUCCAUUUUAAAUUUAACUGUUUUUGACAUAUCGCUCAUUUUCAUAUCAUUAACCCAUUUAGCUCAUAUUGUGAUCGUUUCAUCUAUAAUUACAUAUUUAAUAGGGAGUAUCCUUAAAUGCCAAGCUUAAACGUAUUUUCUGGAACGUAUGUCGAUAAUUUGUAUGCUGAUAUUAUUGAAUGUAUCUGAC